AAUGGCAACUUUGGUUGACAGUUGUGCUUUUUUUUUUCAGUAAAGUAAAAUUUUACUUAUCUGUUUCCGAGUAGCCGCACCGCACCGAGUGUACGACGCCGGGUUUUUGAGUUCCUGAUUUUCGGAACAUUGAAUCAUACAAACAUGUCUGAGAAGAAGAAGGAAGGUAGCGAGGCUGAGCCUGAAGAAGAAUUCUCUGUGGAGAAAGUUCUUGACAGAAGGGUUCGGAAUGGAAAAGUGGAGUAUUUUCUAAAAUGGAAGGGCUACAGUGAUGCUGAUAAUACAUGGGAGCCGGAAGAGAAUCUUGACUGCCCAGAUCUUAUCUCAGCCUUUGAAGAGGCUAGGAAAAAAAAAGAAGCUGCUGGCCCAGGAAUAGGACAAUCUGAGGGCAAAACCGCAAAGGUGGACAAAGAUGUAAAGAAACGCAAGUCUACUGCAGCAACACCAGAUCUCAAAGGUGCUAAGAAGUCCAAGAGUGAUGACAAGAAGGCAUCUGGCUUCGACCGCGGCCUUGAGCCAGAGAAGAUUAUUGGAGCAACAGACAGCAGCGGAGAGCUGAUGUUCCUGAUGAAAUGGCAAGGCACAGAUGAGGCAGACCUCGUCCCGGCCAAGCAGGCCAACGUGAGGUGCCCGCAGGUCGUCAUACAGUUCUACGAGGAGAGGCUCACUUGGCACACGCCAGCGCCUGAUGAUGCCAACAACGAUGACUAGAUUUAACUCCUGGAAAGGAUAUGUGAAGGUGAAAAUAUUCCAUAUACUGUGGUAUCGAAAAACUUUGUUUAGUUAUAAUCUGUUCCAUUUAAACUUGGUGUCAUUCAAGCAGUAUACUUUGUCGGUUGGGAAUAAGGAGAUAUAAGCUUUGAUAUUAUUUUUUAAAAUGGCACUUAUAACAACCCAUAAAGUAUUGUUUGCUCACUAAGUACCCAUUUUUAGAAUCCAUUAUGUAAUGUAAAGGCUCCACUGUUGAUACGUUAUUGUGUAAACAAGUCAAAACACAUUUUAUAAAAAAAUCGCUUCCAUGGAGAAUAUAAGACUAAAAAGUUGUUUCCAUAGACUUUAUAUGAAACCAUUGGUUGGUUACUAACCAAUAUAUAAGCCCCCAGAUUCAUAAAAAAGUUAAAAAAAGUGUUUUGUCCCUUUCUCACAAUCACAUAAGUCAACAUGACAAAAAGGGAC